AAUUCUUUGCCAGAUUAAUGGGGAAGAGAAAGCAGUGAGUGCAGGCAGGAAUCGGAAAGCCUGUGAUGUGCAUUUACAGUAUUUAUGUUUAAAAUAAGCCUCUCACCGGUCUGGGCUACAGUAAAUUUAUGUCUAUAGCAGCUGACAUGGCGGUAAUGGAGGUGUAGAUAUCACAAUAAGAUGAGCAGCAUGAGUAAAUCAAGCGCUUUAUUCAAGAAGUGUGAAGUGAAGUAUUGUGUCGUUAUCUGUGCGAGUGAAGUAAGCAGCUGGAUAAUGACGACUCUCAAGAGGAAGUUAUUGUCAAAGACUGAUGUUAGUGAGACGGUAAAGAAGCGACUCCAGCGGCAGGAUGGAGGACACAGAGACACAGACCAGGGCAAGGAUCAGGACCAGACCUGCAGUCAGUACUUUCUCAGUAAAGCUGAUAAUGCUGCCAGGCUGAGAUUCGACUUCUUUAACCAGCCAUGUGUUGAUUUAGCCAAAGCCCUUCUGGGUAAGGUGCUGGUGCGCAGGCAUUCUGAUGGCACAGAGCUGAGAGCCAGGGUGGUCGAGACGGAGGCCUACUUGGGCGGGGAAGACAAGGCAUCGCACUCGGCUGGUGGCAAGCGCACAGAAAGAAAUGCAGCCAUGUUCAUGAAGCCUGGCACCAUCUAUGUCUACCCUAUUUAUGGCAUCUAUCUCUGCAUGAAUAUCUCCAGCCAGGGGGAAGGGGCAGCUGUGCUGUUACGUUCCCUGGAGCCCCUCCAGGGUCAGGAUGUCAUGAGGAGGCUGCGGGCAUCCAAACGUAAAGAGGGCGCCAAGACAGUGAAGGACAGAGAAUUAUGUAAUGGCCCGUCUAAGCUGUGCCAGGCCCUGGAUGUCCAGCGCUGCUUUGACCGCAGGGACCUGGCCUCAGAUGCUGAUGUGUGGCUAGAGACGGACACAGAGUGGGCGACAUCAGGAGCAGGAGACGUAGUUUCAGCCCCUCGGAUUGGAAUCGAGUCCCAUGGAGAAUGGGCCACCAAACCACUACGAUUUUACCUGCGAGGUCAUCGUUGUGUUAGUGUGGUGGACAAAGUAGCUGAGAGUAAGCAGUAGGAAGUUAACGAGUCCCAUGAGACUAAGAUGGGAAGAUGUUAUGAUGUUUUAAAAAAAUGUAGUGUUGCCAUGACAGGAACAGUCCACUAAUAUUUGGAAGCAUUAGCACAUGUGAAAGCCAAAGAGGUGAAGUGUUUUGUAAUAAAUCUCUACGUCUGGGA